CAGUGCCUCUGCUUCCGGCUCGAAUUGCUCUCCCCGCGCCCGCCUUCAACAUGUCUGAGACUGCGCCCGCCGCGCCCGCAGCUCCGGCCCCUGCCGAGAAGACGCCCGUGAAAAAGAAGGCCCGCAAGUCGGCAGGUGCCGCCAAGCGCAAGGCGUCCGGGCCCCCGGUGUCCGAGCUCAUCACCAAGGCCGUCGCCGCCUCCAAGGAGCGCAGCGGCGUGUCCCUGGCCGCGCUCAAGAAGGCGCUCGCGGCCGCCGGCUACGACGUGGAGAAGAACAACAGCCGCAUCAAGCUGGGCCUCAAGAGCCUGGUGAGCAAGGGCACCCUGGUGCAGACCAAGGGCACCGGCGCCUCGGGCUCCUUCAAGCUCAACAAGAAGGCGGCCUCCGGGGAGGCCAAGCCCAAAGCCAAGAAGGCGGGCGCGGCCAAGCCCAAGAGGGCCUCCGGGGCGGCCAAGAAACCCAAGAAGGCCGCGGGGGCGAGCACCCCCAAGAAGAGCGCCAAAAAGACCCCAAAGAAGGCGAAGAAGCCUGCCGCGGCUGCAGGAGCCAAAAAGGCUAAGAGCCCGAAAAAAGCGAAACCAGCCAAGCCCAAGAAGGCGCCCAAGAACCCUGCGAAGGCCAAAGCGGUGAAACCUAAGGCGGCCAAGCCAAAGACCGCUAAGCCCAAGGCAGCCAAGCCAAAGAAGGCGGCAGCUAAGAAGAAAUAAGUUUCUUUGGCCAACUG